AUGAGGAUCGUGCUCGCGUGCGCGGCCGCCGCGGCCGCCGCGGACCUCGGGCCCUGCGGCGCGCGGGGCCGCUACGGCGAGGCUCCGAACGAGACGCUCUUCUACCUGAAGACGAUAAAGACCGCGAGCUCGUCGCUCCGGUUCCUCUUCCUGCGCUUCGCGCGGGCCGAGCGCCUCGCGGCGCUCCGGGGGCGGCGCGCGGGCGGCCAGUUCUUCGACGCGGCGACGGCCAAGGGCGACACGCGGUGGCCGGCCGAGUUCGAGGACCCCGGCGAGUCCCGGUCGCCGCCGGGAAUCUUCGACGUCGCCUUCGACCACUCGACGUGGGACGCGGCGGCCCUCGACCGCUACCUGCCGCGCGCGCGCAAGUUCGCGAGCUCGCGCGACGUCGUCGCGCGCGCGGUCUCGGCCAUCGCCUACUUCCACCGCGACGCGACGCCCGACGAGUACUUCGGGGGCUGCGGAAUCGUCGAGGGCGGGCUCUGCGGCGGCUGGUCGCGGCUGCAGCACGCGGAGAAGGACGCGGUCCACGUCUGGAACAGCGUCGCGUGGCAGCUCCGCGCUCCGGCCGCGGCGCGGCCGCUCGACCUCCGGCGGCCCGCGGCGGAGGCCGCGCGCCUCGCGGCCGCGGACGUCUCCGAGGCCGUCGGCGCCGUGCGCGGCGCCGUCUUCGACUUCGUCGUCGUCGCGGAGCGGUACGACGCGUCGCUCGUGCUGCUGCGGUCGAAGCUGUGCUGGCGCUGGCUCGACGUCGUCGGCCCCGAGCCGCCGCUCGCGCCCGCGCCCCAGGACGCGAGCCGCCGCGCGAGCCACCGCGCGGCGGCGCCCCUGCGCAACGUCACGGCGCGGACGCUCGUGGCGCUGAACGUGCUCGACGGCCGCAUCCACGCGGCCGCGCGCGACGCGUUCGACGCCGCGCGGCGCGACUACGGCGGAAACUUCGACCGCGACGUCGCCUUCUUCCGCGCCUACAAGUUCGCGCUCCUCGUGACCUGCGUCGUCUGCCGCGCGCGGUUUCCGCCGGUGGCGCUCGCGGCCUACGCGGCAUUGUGCGGCGAUUUGCGGCCGACGUGCCGCGACCUCGGGGCGCACGAGUCGCGGAUCCCGACGGAGGCGGACGUGGCCGCGCGCCGUUCGCGGGACGCGCGGGCCGAGGCGGCGCUCGUCGCGCUCGUCGCGGGCUGCCCGGUGCCCCUCGCGACGGCGGAGGUGUGCCCCGCGGGCGACGGGAGCCUCUGCCGCGCGGGGCCGCUCUGCCUCGCGAAAUGCGCGCCGCCGCGGGGCCGCCUCGGCGCGCUCUGGGCGCGCCACGUGCUCCGUUUGGACGAGCGCGACUGCGCGGGGGCGAUCCUGGCCGGCUCCGAGGCCCGGUGGCUCUCCGCGAUGGCGGCCAUCUCGAUGGGGGCAGCUUACGGUUCGCCGGGUUUAUAUGAAAGUUCAAUUUGCCGUGCAAGGUGGGCUGAUGGGCUGCCGCCCGAGCACUGCCACAUGACUAGUUCGCGGCUGCUGCGCGCCGUGCUGGCGCUGCGACUGGCAGCGCACGGGCAGCAGCUGCGGCGGAUCGUCGACGAGCUGCGCGCCGCGAAUCCCGGCGAAGCGUGGAACUACUUUGCCAUCGAUCUGGGCGCGGGCGUGCGGGACGCGGAUCCGGUCUUCGACCUGUUCCGGCUGUCGCCGUCUGUCUACGCGCCGACGAAUCCGCGGCAGCCGCCGAGCCAGCCGUGGUUCGGCGUCAUGGUCGACGGCGACCCGCGCCAGCUCGCGAAGAUGGAAGCGGCGUUCCCGGCGGAGGACAUCGCCAAGCGCGUCGCCUGGAUCGAGCCGCACACGGUCGUCGCCACCCUGGAGGCCGCGGCGGCGCCGCUGACGGACCGGUGGCGCACGCCCGACGUGCUGAAGAUGGACAUCGACAGCUUCGACUGCGCGGUCAUGCGCGCGGUGCUCCGCGAGCUCGCGCCGAAGGUCGUCGCGAUGGAGAUCAACGUCAAGUUUCCGCCCGACGUGAGCUUCGCGCUGCUGCACAACCGGUCGGCCGACCGCGCGCCCUUCGACUCGGAGCGGCGACGAUUCGCGUACGGCUGCUCGCUGCGGUUCCAGGCGCGCCACCUCAUGCCGCCGUUCGGCUACGCGCUCGCGCACGUCGACUGGAACAACGCGGUCUACGUCCCCGCGCACCUCCUCGGGAACGCGUUGCGGGUCCAGCGACCGCGGGAUUCGCUCCUCCACAACUGGAGCGUGGAAGUCCAGGACCGCGUCGGCUACUACGACCGGCCCGCGCGGAGCAUCAAGUUCGGGUUCAACGACAAGCCCGGUCUCAAGCGCUGGCGCGACCCGACGACGGACCACAUCGCGGAGGUGGUUCGACUCGUGAACGCGGACGGGAAACGCGAGGGCCCGUGCAACUACUGCCUGCUCUCCGCGCUCCUGGGCCGCGGCGACGGCCCCCUGCGGCGCUACUGCUGGGGCGCGGACGGCGCCUUCGGCGAGUGCGGCCGGCACCACCGGUCGACAGAGUAA